AUGGCGAAACAUUAUAGGUUCAUGUCAAAAGGGAAGCAGAAUCCAUUGAUGUGCCAUCUUUUUUGGGCGAUUUUGCUCUUUCAAAGUUGGUCAAGCCUUGCUAAAGCUGGUUCAAUUGUUAAGUAUCUUCCAGGAUUUCAAGGACCUCUGCCAUUUGAGCUAGAAACUGGGUACAUUGGGGUUGAUGAAUCAGAGGAUGUGCAGCUCUUCUACCACUUUAUCAAGUCAGAAUCGAAUCCUGAAACCGACCCGCUUAUGCUUUGGUUAACUGGAGGCCCUGGUUGCAGUUCCUUUUCUGGGCUGGCGUAUGAGAUUGGGCCAAUUAAGUUUGAGCCAUUCCUGUAUGAUGGGAGUUUGCCCAAGUUGAUGAUAAAUCCUUAUUCUUGGACAAAGCUAGCAAGCAUCAUCUUUGUGGAUCAACCUGUAGGAACUGGAUUUUCUUAUGCCAGAACUGCCAAAGCUUCUCAUUCUAGUGAUCUCCAAGUCUCGGAUCAACUCUAUGAGUUUCUUAAGAAGUGGCUGAUUGAUCAUCCUGAAUUCAUUUCAAAUCCAUUCUAUGUUGGUGGAGACUCGUACGCAGGCAUGAUAGUUCCAAUUGUUUCUCAACUUAUAUCAAAUGGAAAUGCAGUCGGACUUGAGCCAAAGAUCAAUAUGAAGGGUUAUGUACUGGGAAACCCGGUGACAAAUGCAGCUGGUGUCAACUUUCAAAUCCCUCACGCUCAUGGAUUGGGACUAAUUUCAGAUGAACUGUACCAGUCCUUAAAGGAUACCUGCAAAGGAGAAUAUCAACAAAUAGAUUCCAGUAAUGCACUCUGCUUACAACAUAUGCAGACAUUCAAUCAGUUGCUUAGUGAUCUUGAUUUUGCUCAAAUCCUUGAGCAAAAUUGUCCUUUCGCUUCGCCAGAACCAAGCAAAAACUUUGAUGGGAGGAGAUCAACUAUUGACAUUUUCACUCAGAAGAUAGAAGAGCUCAAAGUUCGGGAACCUACCCCAAUUGAAUGUCGUAUGGACGGUUAUUGGCUAGCUUAUUACUGGUCUAAUGACAAAAACGUCCAGGAAGCCCUCCAUGUACGCAAGGGAAGCAUUGUUGAGUGGAUACGAUGCAACCAUGGUUUGCCAUACACUACUUCUGUUGGAGAUGUUGUACCCUAUCAUGCUAACCUUAGUAUGAAGGGUUACCGAUCUCUUGUAUACAGUGGUGACCAUGAUUUGCUUGUACCACAUUUGGCAACUCAAGCAUGGAUAAAAUCUCUAAAUUACCACAUCAUUGAUGAUUGGAGACAAUGGAUUGUUGGUGGUCAAGUUGCCGGUUAUACAAGGACUUAUGCCAACAAGAUGACCUUUGCGACAGUAAAGGCAAGAAUCUCCUCCUUUUUCCCUUUCCUUGAUACGUGA